CGCUUUGGCCGCCAACUCGCUCUAGUCGCUGUGGUCGGGGCUCGGGACCGGCUGCCAUCUUAGUCGAGGGACUGAAGAGUCGCCGCCGCCCCGAGUCCCGGUAACAUGCAUUUAACAGUGGCCUUCUGGAGACAACGCCUUAACCCAAAGAAGUGACUUGAACGGUGAGAACUUCAGAUACUUUUGAUUUUGCUGAACCAUAAGGAAAUUUGCCGUCCUGUUGGUGGUAUGUCUGGCAGUGGAUCACAGCUUGGUUCAAUGGGUAGCCUGACCAUGAAAUCACAACUUCAGAUCACUGUCAUUUCAGCAAAACUUAAAGAAAAUAAAAAGAAUUGGUUUGGACCAAGUCCUUAUGUGGAAGUCACAGUAGACGGACAGUCAAAGAAGACAGAAAAAUGCAACAAUACGAACAGUCCCAAAUGGAAGCAACCCCUUACAGUUAUCGUCACCCCUGUGAGUAAAUUACAUUUUCGUGUGUGGAGUCACCAGACACUGAAAUCUGAUGUUUUGUUGGGAACUGCUGCAUUAGAUAUCUUUGAAACCUUAAAGUCAAACAACAUGAAACUUGAGGAAGUAGUUGUGACUUUACAGCUUGUAGGUGACAAAGAGCCAACAGAGACAAUAGGAGACUUGUCAGUUUGUCUUGAUGGGCUGCAGUUGGAGUCUGAAGUUGUUACCAAUGGUGAAACUACAUGUUCAGAAAGUGCUUCACAGAAUGAUGAUGGCUCCAGACCCAAGGAUGAAACAAGAACAAACACAAAUGGAUCAGAUGAGCCUGAGGAUGCAGGGGCUGGUGAAAAUAGGAAGGUCAAUGGGAAUAAUUCUCCAUCACUCUCAAAUGGUGGUUUUAAACCUUCUAGGCCUCCAAGACCUUCACGACCACCUCCACCUACCCCACGUAGACCAGCAUCUGUCAAUGGUUCACCAUCUGCCACUUCUGAAAGUGAGGGAUCCAGUACAGGCUCUCUGCCACCAACAAAUAUAAAUUCAAAUACAUCUGAAGGAGCAACAUCUGGAUUAAUAAUUCCUCUGACUAUAUCUGGAGGCUCAGGCCCUAGGCCAUUAAAUUCUGUACCUCAGGCUCCCCUACCACCUGGUUGGGAGCAGAGAGUGGACCAGCAUGGACGAGUUUACUAUGUAGAUCAUAUUGAAAAAAGAACAACCUGGGAUAGACCAGAACCUCUACCUCCUGGCUGGGAACGGCGGGUUGACAACAUGGGACGUAUUUACUAUGUUGACCAUUUCACAAGAACAACAACGUGGCAGAGACCAACGCUGGAAUCUGUCCGGAACUAUGAACAGUGGCAGCUCCAGCGUAGUCAGCUGCAAGGAGCAAUGCAGCAGUUUAACCAGAGAUUUAUUUAUGGGAAUCAAGAUUUGUUUACUACAUCACAAAAUAAAGAAUUUGAUCCCCUUGGUCCCCUGCCACCUGGAUGGGAGAAGAGAACAGACAGCAAUGGUAGAGUAUAUUUUGUCAACCACAACACUCGUAUUACACAAUGGGAAGACCCCAGAAGUCAAGGCCAAUUAAAUGAAAAGCCCUUACCUGAAGGCUGGGAAAUGAGAUUCACAGUUGAUGGAAUUCCAUAUUUUGUGGACCACAAUAGAAGAACAACCACCUAUAUUGAUCCCCGCACUGGAAAAUCUGCCCUAGACAAUGGACCACAGAUAGCCUAUGUACGGGACUUCAAGGCAAAAGUUCAGUAUUUCCGGUUCUGGUGUCAGCAACUGGCCAUGCCACAGCACAUAAAGAUUACAGUGACAAGAAAGACAUUGUUUGAAGAUUCCUUUCAGCAGAUAAUGAGCUUCAAUCCCCAAGAUCUGCGAAGACGUUUGUGGGUGAUUUUUCCAGGAGAAGAAGGUUUAGAUUAUGGAGGUGUAGCAAGAGAGUGGUUCUUUCUUUUGUCACACGAGGUGUUGAACCCAAUGUAUUGCCUGUUUGAAUAUGCAGGGAAAGAUAACUACUGCUUGCAGAUUAAUCCUGCUUCUUACAUCAAUCCAGAUCACCUGAAAUAUUUUCGUUUUAUUGGCAGGUUUAUUGCCAUGGCUCUGUUCCAUGGGAAAUUCAUAGACACAGGUUUUUCUUUGCCAUUCUAUAAGCGUAUAUUGAACAAACCAGUUGGACUCAAGGAUUUAGAAUCUAUUGAUCCAGAAUUUUACAAUUCUCUCAUCUGGGUUAAAGAAAACAAUAUUGAGGAAUGUGGUUUGGAAAUGUACUUCUCUGUCGAUAAAGAAAUUUUAGGUGAAAUCAAGAGUCAUGAUUUGAAACCUAAUGGUGGAAAUAUUCUUGUGACAGAAGAAAAUAAAGAGGAAUAUAUCAGAAUGGUAGCUGAAUGGAGGUUGUCUCGAGGUGUUGAAGAACAGACACAAGCUUUCUUUGAGGGCUUUAAUGAAAUUCUUCCCCAGCAGUAUUUGCAAUACUUUGAUGCAAAGGAAUUAGAGGUCCUUUUAUGUGGAAUGCAAGAGAUUGAUUUGAAUGACUGGCAAAGACAUGCCAUCUACCGUCAUUACACUAGGACAAGCAAACAAAUCAUGUGGUUUUGGCAGUUUGUUAAAGAAAUUGAUAAUGAGAAGAGAAUGAGACUUCUGCAGUUUGUUACUGGAACCUGCCGGUUGCCAGUUGGAGGAUUUGCUGACCUCAUGGGGAGCAAUGGACCACAAAAAUUCUGCAUUGAAAAAGUUGGAAAAGAAAAUUGGUUGCCCAGAAGUCAUACGUGUUUUAACCGCCUGGACCUGCCACCCUACAAGAGCUAUGAGCAACUGAAAGAAAAGCUGUUAUUUGCCAUUGAAGAAACAGAAGGAUUUGGACAAGAGUAACUUUGAAGAACUUGUGCCACCAAAGGACAUGAACUUAUUUGCAAUGUCUGUCCUUUUCCUUCUCUGCUUGUUGCACAUCUUGUUGUAAAAUAGGGCUGUGACUGUUUAGAGAGUUAUUUGAGUGUAAGUAAAUUAAUGUUAUCAUUGAGAUUUAUCUCCCAGUGAUUCUGGAUUUCUACUCAGUGUUUCCAGAAAUCAGAUCUGCAAAUGACUAGUCAAACCUUACUUAACAUGAGAUUUAACACAGCAAUGAAAUCUGCCUUGUCUUAUUCCACUAGAUUGUUACCUUAACAACAGUUUUGUAUAUGUGUGUCAAAAGUCUCACUUGGGGAGUAGAUUUUUUUCUUUUAGAGAUUUCUGCAGAUAUGCAGGGAAGUCCCUUGGUACAUGAAAUAUGUAAGAUCUUAAGCCUCUUGGUGAGAGGUAUUUGUUAAAAGCGCAAACUUAGCCCAGCUUCUGGGGAUGUGAGCAAACUUCUGGCUUGUGCUCUCCCUCUCAUUUCAGCCUGGCCUGACUAUUGUUUUUCCUUCCGGAGCAUGAAUCCAUGCAUCAUUUUGCUGUUAUCCUUGGAAAGUGAUGCAAGACUCUUGAAUCACUCUACAAAGCAGUUUUGUUACUUGGAAUUCAGGGAGAAGUUGGUCCCAGCCUGCAAAUGACCCUAUAACUCUCUUCAUUUGGAAGUUUAAUUGUUUUAAUUGCAAAUACUAAACUUUACAAACAGUAUUAACACUGUGCUUCUUCCUUCAUGGUGGUUUUAUAAAAGUUAAUAUAGAAUUGGGAUUAAUUUAGCUAAAUUCAUCAAAGGCCAUCAUUGACAAUUUUUGUAUGUUCCUAUAUGUAAAUUGCAUCUAUCAUAAUCCAACAACUUCAGUUAUAUUUAAUUAUUGCUAAGGAAUUCAAGUUAUAACUAGAGUACUUUACACCCAAAGAAAGAGGUCAAUGAAACAUCCUCUAAAUUACAUUUUCAUUAGAGAGGGAGAGCUGUGGUACUGGCUAAAAAGAAGGGAGUAAUACAUUUACUAGCAAUACAUUUCUAGUAACCACAGAAAUGUAUUCUCUGUAUGAAUUAAAAGUCUUCAAAUGAUCAUUUCUCUGACACCUUGGAGUAGUCCUUUCCAUUCUUUACAUUGUCCUGAAUUGGAUAUUCUCUUCACUCCAAAAAAUUUUUAACAGGCUUUUCCUUCUUUUUCCCAUGACUGUUUAAUUUCAUACUGCUCCAUUGAUAUCUGAUUAGUGCACUUUUGAAUGUCUCUAUAGUUAAUUCUUUUAACUUAGCCUAAUGUCAGGAAGGCUGCUGUCAGAGGUUUAACUUUAUGGACAGUGGGUUGAAGCCUGUCAGCUGAGUGCCCAUCACAGCCGAACCCUGAGGACAGCCUCAUAAUUCGUGAAACAGGACUUUGGCAGGUUUCAGUAGCAUAACAUGAACAAGUAGCACUGAGCCAAAAAUAAGCAGAGAGUAGCAAACCCCUGUUCCACAUGGAAAGAAAAUGGUUUUUCUUUGUCCCUAACUCCUCUUACAUCCUGGAACAACAACAAAAACAUUUUUAAACUUGCGUAACUGUGCUCUAAAACACUGCCAUCAUAAAGCAGACUUGAGUGAAAGGGUUGCCUCAUCUACAAAUUGUCAGUGUAAAGGGGGGAGAUUAGGUUCUCCCCAACCCUAUCUUUGUUUUUUAUUCCAUAUACUCCAGGAAAUGUAUGGUCUCUAAAAGCCGUAGUUGUUUCCAAGUAGGGACUCUGCCUUUUUGUUGGUAGGGGGAAAAUGCUAUUGCUUUGUCUUACAGAGCGAAUGUCUGCCAACUAUCCAUUCAUUAUAUAAAUCUGAACUUUGGUAAUAUAUGGCUGUGGAGAUUAAGCCUUCUAUAAAGUCUUACUAUUGAGGUGAAUUCUCAUUAAAAUGUAGUUAUCUACAAUAUUUACUAGAGAUUUAUGAGAUUAAAUUAAAUAAUGUAAAAAAAGUAGACUUUUUUUUUGUUCUACAUAAUGCUUGAUGAUUCAUUUAGGGACCUAGAAAUAUUGUGUGAAAAUGUAUAAAUAUUACCCAAAAGGCUUUCUGCCCUAUAUUUUUAAAAUACAGAAUAGUUAUAUUUGAAGUAGCCCCGGCCCUAGUUCUAUAGGGCUUGGCUAUUUAAUAUUUUUAUGGAAGAAACGUUUAGUUCUGGAAAAGGUAAAUGCUUGUAUAUAUUUUUGCAGCCUGGGAUCUCCCUUACUCCAUUUCUUCCUUUAAUUUAAAUGGCCACAUGUAUAUGUCUUCCCUGCUGUGUUAGGAAAAUGGGGGCUGGAUAUCCCAAGAAUCAGAGGUUAUAUAAAAAUACUACAAAUAGCAGACAUAAAUACCUACCAAAUGCUAUUUUAAACUUUGGUCCAAACUGAACAUUUGGAAAUAGAUUUAUUGUAAGUGUUCAAUUAGAGCGAUUUCUUAAAUCUGAACUAAAUUGCUUUUAGAGUCCUUUUUCUUUGUAAGCAUUGUAAAUGCUAAUAAAUCCUGUUAAUUUUUUUUACUGCAUGUUAUGUUGAAAUAAAAACAAAGUAAAAUGA